CAGCAACAUACGUAAAAGACCGGGAUGGCCUCUCUCAGGUUUCUCUCUGAUUUGUAUAUAUUAAUAUAAAAAAAAUAUAUAAUAUUAUAUUUAAAUCUACAGUCAGGGUGUAUGAAUAUCUAGACGUGACACAUUCGAACCGGAAGUAGCCGGUUUCAAAUGUGACAGCAUCCACAUACCGCACUUCCAGUUUGUUUACAUUUCGUCGGAGUUGUUUGAUAACAUCUCGAGUGAAGACUACUCCUGUUUUUAUUGGAAGUGCAACAGAAAAUAUCGUCAAAAAUGAUUCCAGCGUGCGACACGCUGAGGAUUCUUCAUUUGCCCCCGCAACUUUCUGACGAGCGGCGCGAUGAAUUAUUGCAGAAAUAUGGCGCGACCAAGACCAGGACGAUACGACCGUUCGGCAGGUACACCGUCACCUACGCCAAAUUCCCGUCCCAGCAAUUGGCGUCGGAAGCACUGCUGCGUCUGCAUCAGUUAAAUGUCAGAGGGCAAUAUCUAACGGUCGAGUAUGCCAAGAGAUCUGUACCCGCUGAGCUCUCGGAGCAAGACAUCGAACGCAAAGCACCGACGAGUAGCGACGUGAAACCAGAGGCCGUCAGCAAGUCUCACGUCCAGGCAUUCCUGCGAAAAUUGAACAAUUGGACGAUGAGUCACGAGUUCAGUCAGUCGCCGCCGCCAAACAUAAGAUACAAAUACCUGACGCCGACGAGAAGUACAUUGAUAAGGAUAGCCGUACAGUUGUUGACUCAGCCAGCUUUCUACACGCAGGUGUUGCAUUUGAUGAACAAGAUGAAUCUACCUCCUCCCUUUGAAGAAUUGGAUGCGGAAUUUCCUAUGCUCAGGGAAGUGUACGAUAUGGAGAAGUACAAAGAUAUAUUCCACGAGCGCGUGGACGAAAGAGAAAUGGAGGAAGAGGAGUCCGAGUUGGAAUCAGAUGGGGAAGAUAACGUCCGACCCCUAGAAGUUAUCCCAGUUAAGAGAAAACGGCCGCAAUCUACGAAGCGUUUGAAAAUUCCAAAGUUCGUGAAUCCUGCCAAAAACAUCGUGACUCCCUCGUCCUCGCAAAAAGUGCUCAAACCGGAAGAUAUGUUCGAAUCCGUUCAACGCGGGGAGACUAAAAAUCUCAAGAUCGAAUUGAAAACUCUGGACAAGUCGCUGGAGGCAACAGCUGCUAAUCAAGACAGCACUGUGGCCGUGGACGGCGGAUUCGGUUUAAUAUUCCCGGCUAAUAAAGCUCCCGAGGACGCCAAAGAUAGUGAGGGGAAUGCAGAAACGCAGAAAAAUAAGUUUAUAACUUCCGAAGAAUUGGCGGCUAAUAAGAUCUCCGCUAACGAUCAGAGAUUGCUUCCCGUGUUCAAGAAUUAUCACCCGGGCAAGCCUUCGAAUCGCCUCUACAUAAAGAAUCUCGCGAAGCAAGUGGAAGCGAAGGAUCUACAUUACAUUUAUCAAAGAUACGUUAUCGCCGGAUUGAAAGAUUCCGAGAAUGAGUACGACGUACGUCUCAUGCAAGAAGGAAGAAUGAAGGGGCAAGCCUUUGUCACUUUACAAAAUGAUGUACAGGCAAAAAUGGCUCUCGAAGAAACGAAUGGAUAUAUAUUAAAAGAUAAGCCUAUAGUUGUGCAAUUUGCCAAAAGUAUUAAAAGUUGAACUUUUGCUUUAA